CUUGAGGAGCGCGUAGUGCGUCGUGGUAUAAAAAGGAGCGUGUCUUGGGCUGCGGGACCAGAGUUUCCAACAGAGACUCCAGUGAGAGACAGUGAUUAAUAUGGAGGCGACGUUCCGAGAGCAGCUGUUCUUUAUUGUGUUGUGUCUGUCAGUUCUCAACGGGGACACCAGGUACAUCCAGGAGAAUGAGAUCACACCAGAAGGGUUAUUUUCACUUCUUAAUUCAGAGCUCAAAAGAGAAAUACAAGAUGAAUUAAUUUACAGCCGACCACUCCGGUGCCUGGACAUGGUGGCACUAGAAGGUCAGUUUACCUUCACAGCAGACCGACCCCAGCUCAGCUGUGCGGCUUUCUUCAUCGCGGAGCCGAACCGGGUCAUCACUGUAGAGUAUGACGAUGUUGACAUCGACUGCGGGGGAGGAGACUUCAUCAAGGUGUUUGAUGGCUGGGUGAUGAAAGGAGAGAAGUUUCCGAGUUCCCAGGACCACACCCUGCCUCUAAUGGAACGCUAUGUGGACUACUGUGACUCUGGGACGGCGAGGAGGACCGUGCGGUCAUCUCAGAACGUUGCCAUGGUGUUCUUCCGUGUUCACACUGCCGGGAGCUCCUUCACACUGACCGUCAGGAAACCUGUCAACCCCUUCCCCUGUAAUAUAAUCUCCCAGACACCAGAGGGCAGCUUCACCAUGGUGAUACCUCAGCAGCACAGGAACUGCAGCUUCUCCAUCAUCUACCCAGUGGAGAUCAAGAUUGCUGAGCUCAGCCUCGGACACCUCAAUGACUUCCACAUUAAGAAGUCCCUCCCAGGCUGCGUGGGGGCUGGGGACUUCGUGGAGCUCCUGGGUGGGAACGGAAUGGACACAUCUAAGAUGUUACCUGUAGCUGACCUCUGCUAUAACUUCAAUGGCCCUGCCCAGAUGAAGAUUAGCUGUGACAACACAGUGGUGAGGAUGGUGUCCAGUGGAAAGUUUGUCAACCGGGUCGCAUUCGAGUAUCGACUGCUGGACCGACAGGAGUUGCAGAGGAUCAAGGGAAACAGUCUGGAGGAUUUCUGCCUCACUGGCUGAGCUGUACUGCUUCUCUCCAGCUCCACCUCCUUGAGUAAACAUGCCACCUAGCUAAUGGGGACCACCCAUCACCAAUUGCCAAAUCUAGCAAGACUGAUUUCAGAAAAAAUCCUGAGGGUUGCCAUAUUGUUCUUUUAUGUACUCCAUUUUGAAUUUAAAAAGAUUUCUUAGUGCAUUUCUUUUUUUUUCAAUUUCUUUUAAAUGAAUUGUGGCUAGCGGUCAAGCUUAAUAAAUUGUCAUUUUGUGUUUGUGUGCAUUUCUGCUAUGGGUUUGAUUCUAUAUUUAUGUUGUCAAAGUUGUGUGAAUAUAUAAAGGCAGUGAGAACAGUGCAGGAGGCUUCAAUCCACAUUCUUAAAGUAGGAAGUGUGGUAAAAAACAAGAAUGUUUCUCUCUAUUUAUUUUGUUGGAAAUGUGUGUAGUUAUUGGACUGUGACUGGAAGCUAGUGUUCAAUAAGGCAUUUCAAGUACAUUUGUUGUUCAUUGUUGUUAUCUAUAUUUAUUUGUAUCAAAAUAUUUUUUUGUAAUAAAACUGAACUGCAUGAGAAAGCA